GAUACACGCGACUACGCGAGAAAGUAUCUAGGGACCACUUAGGUGGGGAUUUUCUCGAAGUGCUUCACAGACAUGUCUGUCCGUAGUCCGAAACUUUUGGUCUCUGGGCUUCAAUGUUGUUUCGUAUUAGGGCUCUAAUUAGUUAAUGGACCGGUUGGAUUUAACAAAAAAUUAAGAAAUUUUUUUACAACCUUUUCAUGUUUGAUACAAUCAUGUCAAAUGAAUUGCAGUUGCAGACGACUCAGAAAGAUCUAAUUAUAAGUGUGCUUAUGAUGAGGCCGAGAGUGAAAGAUCUGAAACUGACAAGCUGGUUGAUGGUAUGGAUUUCGGAGAACUUUGCAAUGAGUUUGAAUGCUUUAGUAGUCCUUCCGUUGAAGCUACUGCAAGGCUUCUUGUUCGAGACAUAUUGGAGCUUCGUGACGAUAGUCGCUCUUUCGCCACAUAUGCCAUUUCAGUCCAAUAUAAGGAUCCAGUCCGAAAUAUCACUGGUCGAGAAAAGUACAAGAGGCCCCUGUGGGUAAAAGAUGCCAUGGAAAAUCCCACAUCUAGUGUGCAAGAAAUGGUGAUGUUGUCAACCAGUGUCUUGAACAUCAAGUGGACAGUUAAAGGGAAGCCCAAGCCUGCAUUAGCCGCCGCUAUAGGAGGCGAUCUGACCAUCAAAGUUGACUCCAAAUUCACUCUUAACCAAAUCAGUGGACAAGUGAUUGGGUAUGAAGAGCUGUGGGACUUGUCUGCUUCGUCUAUCAUUGCUCAAACGUGUUUUUUGAUGUCGCGCCGACUAUCCGCAAGCAUUGAGGCUGGAAAGGACACGUUCGACUUCGUGAAGGAUUUCACAAGAAGGUUUAACACAGAAAACGAAAACAUGGAAGUCGAUCCUGAGAGCUCUGGUGAUCCAACAAAGUUUUUCCUGAGGGACGACAGCUAUGAAGGAGGAGACUUGUAUCAAAUUGCACUAUUUUUAGCACUUGUGUAUUUUGUUGUACAGUUUCUAAGGACAACCCUAUAAGUCUUCCAAUAUAUACAAUGUCAAUGUUUCUUAUAAGGACUUGUAUCAAUAUUUUUUUUCUUGUAAAAUUUUCAAUACUUUUAAGAAUAUAGUAUUUCAGAGCACUCUAUAUGUAAAAUAAGAGGGUGUUUGGGAGUGUGGUUGAUUGUUGAAAAAUCAAAAGUUUUAAUAGAAGCGGAAAGCAUAU